AAAAAAAAAAAAAAAAAAAAAACUUUUUCUGCUCCUCUUCGCUCCCACAGUUAUCGGCUAUCGGUGGAAAAUGGCGGAAAUAAAAAACUAGGAGCCCAUUCAUGAGCCACGGUACACAACAACAAACUUGGUGUGACAAAAGUUUGUGGAAAAAGUAAAAAUGACGCGCUGGGUCCCUACUAAAAAAGAAAAAUACGGCGUAGCAAUCUAUAAUUACGAUGCCAGAGGAGAAGAGGAGCUCUCUCUGCAAAUUGGGGACACAACACAUAUAUUAGAAACAUAUGAAGGCUGGUACAGAGGCUAUAGGAUAAGAAGAAAGUCCAAAAAGGGUAUAUUUCCUGCAUGUUAUAUACACCUCAAAGAUGCAACGGUUGAAGGCAAUGGGCAGAAAGAAACUGUCAUUCCAAAUGAGCUCCCACUGGUGCAGGAAGUUACCACCAUUCUUCGGGAAUGGGCCUCAAUAUGGCGGGAAUUAUAUGUUGGAGACAAGCGUGAAAUGUUCAACACAGUCAGGGACUUGAUAUACGAUUUAAUAGAGUGGAGAUCGCAAAUUCUCUCUGGAACCCUCCCACAAGAUGAGCUUCAAGAGCUGAAACAGAAAGUCACCUCUAAAAUAGAUUAUGGGAACAAAUAUCUUGAUUUGGAUCUGGUUGUAAGAGACGAAGAUGGGAACAUUUUGGACCCUGAGCAGACGAGUACCAUCAGCCUGUUCCUCGCUCAUGAAACAGCGUCCAAACAGAUUGAGGAGAGAAUCCAGGAGGAGCAGUCUCAGAAACAAAAUAUUGAUUUAAACAGACAAGCCAAGUUUGCAUCUACUCCAUCUUUUGCCCUUUUCGUCACCUUGAAGAAUGUAGUGUGCAAAAUAGGAGAAGAUGCCGAGGUGCUCAUGUCCCUAUAUGAUCCCGUGGAAUCCAAAUUCAUCAGUGAAAACUACCUUGUACGAUGGUCAAGUUCGGGAUUGCCAAAAGAUAUAGAUCGACUCAACAACCUUCGGGCUGUUUUCACAGAUCUUGGAAGCAAGGACCUUAAAAGAGAGAAAAUAAGUUUUGUGUGUCAGAUUGUAAGAGUGGGGCGCAUGGAGCUAAGGGACAAUAACACCAGAAAACUUACCUUUGGGUUACGGAGACCGUUUGGAGUUGCAGUCAUGGAUGUAUCUGACAUCAUAACGGGGAAAGUGGAUGAUGAAGACAAACAGCACUUCAUUCCUUUCCAGCCGCUAGCAUUGGAUGACGCCAUUCGACACAAGCAGCUGAACAUAUCAUCCCGUUUUUCACCCAGGGUGGCGGGGGAGAGCGACUUCCUUCAGACCGUCAUCAACAAAGUGAUCGCCGCCAAAGAAGUCAAUCACAAGGGGCAAGGUCUGUGGGUGACACUGAAACUGCUUCCUGGAGACAUUCAUCAAAUCCGCAAAGAUUUUCCUCACCUCGUAGAUCGAUCCACAGCGGUCCCUCGGAAAAUGGGAUUCCCAGAGAUUAUAAUGCCUGGUGAUGUUCGGAAUGACAUCUAUGUGACACUGGUCCAAGGAGACUUUGAGAAAGGGAGUAAGACGACGCAGAAGAAUGUGGAGGUGACCAUGUCUGUGUAUGAUGAAGACGGCAAGCGAUUGGAGAAUGUGAUUUUCCCUGGAGCUGGUGAUGAAGGUGUCUCUGAGUACAAAUCUGUGAUCUACUAUCAAGUGAAGCAGCCACGAUGGUUUGAAACUGUAAAGGUGGCAAUUCCUAUUGAAGACGUGAACCGUAGUCACUUACGCUUUACUUUCCGCCACAGAUCAUCCCAGGAUUCCAAAGACAAAUCUGAGAAGAUAUUUGCACUGGCAUUUGUGAAGCUGAUGAGGUAUGAUGGGACGACAUUGAGGGACGGGGAACAUGACCUUAUUGUUUAUAAGGCAGAAACAAAAAAGUCAGAGGACUCCUCUACCUAUUUGAAUCUACCAGCCACUAAACUGGAGCUUGAGGAGAAAGGUUAUGCCUCCACUGGGAAAAGCAUGCAGAACCUUGGAAGCUGCACGAUUAGCAAGGACUCCUUUCAGAUUUCUACCUUAGUCUGCUCGACAAAGCUCACACAGAAUGUUGAUCUUCUUGGGCUCUUAAAAUGGCGUUCCAAUACCAGCUUGCUCCAGCAGAACCUAAGGCAGUUGAUGAAGGUCGAUGGUGGUGAAGUGGUGAAGUUCCUGCAGGAUACGUUGGAUGCACUUUUCAACAUUAUGAUGGAGAAUUCGGAUAGUGAUACCUUUGACACCCUGGUGUUUGAUGCGCUGGUAUUUAUAAUUGGGCUUAUUGCUGACAGAAAGUUCCAGCACUUCAAUCCUGUCCUGGAAACCUACAUUCGAAAGCAUUUUAGUGCUACACUUGCUUACACCAAACUUACAACCGUUUUGAAGAACUACGUUGAUAAUGCUGAGAAGCUGACAGAGCAGCUGUUCAGAGCUAUGAAAGCUCUGGAGUACAUUUUCAAGUUCAUUGUUCGUUCCCGAGUUCUUUUUAACCAACUUUAUGAAAAUAAAGGAGAAGUUGAUUUUAUGGAGUCCUUGAGAGACCUCUUCAAAUCUUUCAAUGACAUGAUGAACAGCAACUCUGAAAACACAGUAAUGGUAAAGCUCCUACUGAAGGGAGCCUAUAUAAAAUCCCUCGUCGGACUUGUGAACGGUGAUCUGUCUUAAUUGUUUUUGUUUGUUUUUUGUCAUCUUCUGUACAGCAAACUAUUUACAGAAUUCAUCUUGAAAGUUCCACAGGGCCGUCUGUUGCGGCAGAAGCUGCACUGCUUGAUCGACAUCGUGCACAGUGACCUCUUCACGCAGCAUGAUUGCCGGGAUAUUCUGCUGCCUCUGAUGACCGAGCAGCUGAAACUUCACUUGGAGAAUCAGGAGGAAUUGGAAGCCUGCUGUGAGCUGCUCAGCAACAUACUGGAAGUUCUGUACAGAAAGGACGUGGGACCCACUCAGCGACACGUCCAGAUAAUUAUGGAGAAAUUAUUAAGGACGGUAAACAGGACAGUCAUCUGCUUGGGACGGGAUUCAGAGCUUAUUGGCAGCUUUGUCGCCAGCAUGACAGCCAUCCUAAGACAGAUGGAAGAUUAUCAUUAUGCUCACUUGAUCAACACCUUUGGAAAGAUGAGGUCUGAUGUUGUGGAUUUUCUAAUGGAAACAUUUAUCAUGUUCAAGGAUCUCAUUGGGAAGAAUGUCUAUCCUGCCGACUGGGUAAUAAUGAACAUGAUGCAGAAUAAAGUAUUCCUGAGAGCAAUUAAUCAGUAUGCAGCAGUGCUGAAUAAGAAGUUCCUUGAUCAAACCAACUUUGAGCUCCAACUGUGGAACAACUAUUUCCACCUGGCGGUUGCUUUUCUCACACAGGAAUCUCUGCAGCUAGAGAACUUCUCUAGCGAUAAGCGGGCUAAAAUAUUUCAAAAAUAUCAGGACAUGAGGAGGACCAUUGGAUUUGAAAUCAGGGACAUGUGGUAUAACCUUGGUCAGCACAAGAUAAAGUUAAUCCCAGAAAUGGUGGGUCCCAUGUUAGAAAUGACCCUUGUUCCUGAAAUUGAGCUCCGGAAGGCUACAAUCCCUAUCUUUUUUGAUAUGAUGCAGUGCGAGUUUCACUACACCAGAAGCUUCCAAAGGUUUGAAAACGAGAUCAUCACCAAGCUGGAUCAUGAAGUGGAAGGAGGCAGAGGGGACGAGCAGUACAAGGUGCUGUUUGAAAAAAUCCUCCUCGAGCACUGCCGGAAGCACAAAUACCUUGCCAAGAGUGGGGAGAAUUUUGUCACGCUGGUUGUUAGGCUGAUGGAGAGGCUGCUGGAUUACAGAACAAUCAUGCAUGAUGAAAGCAAGGAAAACCGAAUGAGCUGUACAGUCAAUGUACUGAACUUCUACAAAGAGAUAGAAAGAGAAGAAAUGUAUAUAAGGUAUUUAUACAAGCUGUGCGAUCUCCACAGAGAGUGUGACAACUACACAGAGGCUGCCUACACACUGCUCCUUCACGCCAAGCUUCUCAAGUGGUCUGAGGAAGCAUGUGCUGCACAUCUUACACAGCGGGAUGGCUACCAGGCAUGCACCCAAGGACAACUCAAGGAUCAGCUAUACCAAGAAAUUAUCAAUUACUUUGACAAGGGCAAGAUGUGGGAAGAAGCCAUUUCUUUGGGUAAAGAGCUUACUGAACAAUAUGAGAAUGAAAUGUUUGACUACGAACAGCUAAGUGACCUGCUGAGAAAACAAGCUCAUUUCUAUGAAAGCAUUGUGAAAGUGAUAAGACCCAAACCAGAUUAUUUUGCUGUGGGAUACUAUGGCCAGGGAUUCCCUUCCUUCAUGCGGAACAAGAUUUUCAUUUACAGAGGGAAGGAAUACGAGCGGCGUGAGGACUUUGAGGCAAGGCUGUUAACCCAGUUCCCUAACGCGGACAAAAUGAAGACGACUACUGCACCAGGCGAGGACAUUAAAAACUCGCCAGGACAAUUUAUCCAGUGUUUCACCGUGAAGCCAAUACUGGAGCUUCCACCAAAGUUUCAGAACAAGCCUGUGUCAGAGCAAAUAUUGAGUUUUUACACUAUAAAUGAGGUCCAAAAGUUUCAGUACUCCAGACCUAUAAGGAAAGGGGAGAAGGAUCCGGACAAUGAAUUUUCAAAUAUGUGGAUUGAAAGAACCACUUACGUAAUAGCUUACAAGCUGCCAGGUAUACUAAGAUGGUUUGAAGUUGUAUCUGUCUCCAUGGUUGAAAUUAGUCCUUUGGAAAAUGCAAUAGAAACGAUGCAGUUGACCAAUGAGAAGAUCAAUAAUGUGGUUCAGCGGCAUUUGAACGAUCCCAACCUGCCCAUCAAUCCUCUCUCUAUGCUGCUUAAUGGAAUUGUGGAUCCCGCCGUAAUGGGAGGGUUUACAAAUUAUGAAAAGGCUUUCUUUACUGAGAAGUACAUGCAAGAACAUCCCGAGGAUCUGGACAAGAUUGAAAAACUAAAGGAUCUGAUAGCCUGGCAGAUCCCAUUCCUGGCUGAAGGAAUCCGCAUACAUGGAGAGAAAGUUACAGAAGCAUUGAGGCCCUUCCAUGAGAGAUUGGAAGCUUGCUUUAAGCAGCUAAGAGAAAAAGUAGAAAAGCAGUAUGGGGUCAAAGUACUUCCGUCUGCGAUUGAUGAGAGACGAGGGUGCCGGCCCAGGUCCAUGAUCAGGUCCUUCACAAUGCCGUCAUCACAGAGACCCCUGUCUGUCGUGUCGAUGUCAUCCAUAUCCUCAGACAACUCUCCAUCUAGGCCUGGUUCUGACGGCUUUGCUCUAGAGCCCCUUCUGCCAAAGAAACAGCACUUCAAGUCUCAGGAUAAACUGGACAAGGAUGACCUUGACAAAGAGAAGAAAGACAAGAAGAAGGAGAAGAGGAACAGCAAACACCAGGAGGUGUUUGAUAAAGAGUUUAAAACUGCUGAGAUCUCCCUGCAGCCCACAGAGGCUGUCAUUCUCUCUGAAACGAUCAGUCCACUGAGACCACAAAGGCCAAAGAGUCAGGUGUUGAGUGUGAUGACAGGUGACCGGCGCUUCUCUGUCUCCCCUAGCCCCCUUUCAGCCACGUCUGGACCCCCUGCAAUCACCUCCAGGACCAGGAUGGCCUUUAGUUUACAGAUAGGCUCCAGCAUGGAACUGAAUGGUAUGGGUUGCCCAGAAAGAACAGAUAUCCCACCCCCUCUUCCUAUAAAAAGCAACACGGGUGAUUAUGGAAAUCUCAUGGAUAAUCAAGACUUGACGACUCCUACUACACCCCCACCUCCUCCUCCACAUCAAAGGCAUCUUCCUCCACCAUUGCCAAGCAAGACCCCUCCCCCUCCACCACCCAAGGCAACUCGAAAGCAAACGUCCAGUGACUCUGGAAUUGUACAGUAAUAGAAAGUGUGUUUUUUAAGACCCCAAAGACUAAGCUGUCAUAUUCUCUUCCUUUUUUUAUUGUGUUUUCUUCCUUUUUUUCCCCAUACAGCGUGAAAAGAUGAUUACCCCAUUUGGGCCUGCGCAAAUGAACUUUUGUUUUAGCGUGAUGAUUCUGUCAGAUGGAGGAAUUUGUUUUUUUCCUAUUGCACAGACUAUUAAACACGUCUUCAGCUACUGAGUUGUUGAUACUAACUAGUGCAUAAUAUCACAAGCAUAUACAUUCUAACAUGUUGCUCUGUUUUACAUACUGACAGGUGGGGAGACUUUAUUAUGUUGGUUUUCUGUUUAAUAAUGGUAUGAGCUGUUGACUGAAUGAUGAUUGGUUAUUGAAUUUUAUAGAAACUACUACAAUACUGCCAAUAUGAUCUAAUCAUUCUGUACAGAGGUUUGUGUAUAUAUGAGCUUUUUUUUUUUUUUUUUGUUUUAUGGUGCCAGUUUAUUUCGUAACACUAUAAUAGUAUCUCGCAAGUAAAUGCAAAAAGGGCUUUUAGAUUUUAAGAAUUACAGGGACUGUAAAGUACAAUGGAAACUUCUGUAACUUUUUUAACAGAUUGUAUUUAAUACUCUAAAUAAUGGGGUUUGGUGUGUUUGCAGCAAACUUAUUUUCUACUGUUCCCUCUUUGUGUUCUCAUUGUAUAUUAUUUGUUGAAAUAUUAUGUAAUCGUGAUAUAGAAUAGGAUUUACAGUUUCAAAUUCACUACUGAUGCCAAAAUAAAAUGUUCAAAUUGUACAUA